CCGAAUCCUCAUGGCGCUGGAUAUAAAGCUACUGACAGUGGUGUUGACAGUGACGUCACCUCUGGUGUACUCGGCGAGAGCUCAGCGCUCUGCACGAAGCGAAAGUCCGUACAUCAGCCUGGGUUGCUGGAAGGACGGAGCCAACCGCGCCAUUCCGACGCUCGAAGGGUCAGAUCCACGUUUAGAUGGCAGCUACAGGGCACGAGCCAACGCCAUAGAGAAGUGUUACCAGGUAGCACGUUCUCGUGGUUUCCCCAUGUUUGCUGUACAGCAUGGCGGCUGGUGUGCUGGGUCUGCUGAUGGGCUCAACACCUACAACAAGUACGGACCUUCCACAACCUGUGCAGCGGACGGCGAAGGCGGAUUUUGGGGGAAUGAGGUCUACAAGAUUACAGCCCCUACAGAGUAUGACAAACUUCAGUCGGAAGUAGAAGCGUUGGCACGAGACCUCCCCCUGACUCUGCAAGAGCUGGGGCUAACCAGUGUCGUACAAGAUGUGCAGGAGCUGAAAACUGACGAAUACCAAGGAUGUUACCAGGAUUCCUAUCGUCACAAGUUUCCAAGAAAGGUGUUGACGCAUAGUUGGAUGACUAUUGAGAGGUGCACAGGUGCAUGCAGGGAUGCCGACUUUAACUAUGCCGCCGUUGAGCGCUCCCGUCGAAGCUGGUACUUCCACGACUGUCACUGUGGGACAGAAGAGGACUUCAACGACCUGGGUGAGAGGGUGUGUGACGGUGAAUGUAACAGCCGUUGCCGUGGCAACUCACGACAAAAGUGCGGUGGUUGGUACAAGAUGUCCGUGUACAAGAUUGACGCAGUUCCAAGUUGUGAGAGCGGGCCUCGGCGAGUCAGUCCUCACUGGUACCAAACCAGCACCACCACCACCCUGCAGUACAGGGGGGGCGAGGACACGAGACCCUUCGCCUUUGCAACUCCCACUCUGGGUGGAGAUAGAACGAUCCCAGUCCAAAGCACACUGGUGAAUCUGGAAGAGGACAUUGAGGGCUUCCCGAACCGCUACCCCGCUACAACUGCAGAGGGCAUGCCUGACCUGGUGUCUGACUACAGAGCUCUGCUAGCCUCGUUUCAGGCCCCUGGACUGGAGCUGACACCAGGGACUAACACCACACUGAAGCUGGACCAACACUUCACCAUUAAGUCCUACCCCUGUAGUCUUGAAUACAGCCCUACUGAAGGGCGUGGAAAAAGAGCAGUGACCACAAAUAUUAAAGUCGUCAGUUACAGACCUUUUAAAGUGAUGAUACAAAUUUGCAUUUACUAACUUUCAUGUAUCAGUUUGGAACAAGGCAUUUCUAUUACAAUUCUUGUAUCUAGGAUGAGAUCUCUUUUGUUAGCUUGGUGUCGCAAAAUAAUUGUUCACAUUCAAAGUUACUACAUUUUUUUAAUUUCAGCUUAAUAGCGUAACUUUAUAGCCUAUGAUGAUAAGAGCAAAGUUAGACUAAAUUAAUGUCAUUCGUAAACAGUAGAAAUGCAAUGUUAUCGCUGAACUACAUUUGUACUACAUGUACUUUACUUAAGAGAAACCUUUUGAAUUGUUCAUAAAAGCAAGGAUUUCAUUUUCAGUUCAUGUUUCAUCGAGAAUACUCAAUGCUUGAAAAUAGGUCUGCACCGCAUUUGAUAAAAAGAGCAAUAAAAAUGCACUGACAUAGCACGCUAGCAAUAAAUGAAGUUGUAUAACGUUAUAAACACUUUUGAUAAUAAAUGUUUCUGGAAGUAACAAAAUAUCGCCGACUUCAAUAAAUA